AUGGCGUCUCUAGAGUCCCUACUUCGAUCGGUGCACCGGCUGGCAGGAAAGCACCCCCUGUUAGUCGGCGGAGACUUCAACAGUCAACAUACAGACUGGGGAUACAAAACAACAACACACCGAGGUCGCAGGCUCUGGCUGCUCCUCCAGAGCCUCCACCUCACCGUACACAACAACUUCCUGACGCCCACUCGGAUCGGAAAUAGCGUCAGCAUGGACACCAGCCCGGACCUGGUGCUGACCCACUCCCUCCGAGGCGUCACCUGGACCAGAACACAAUACACACUAGGCAGCGAUCAUUACAUUAUACAGGUCACUGUCCCAUACAAACAACCCCGUCACACUUACAUGACACACAAACUCAUAAACUGGGACUCUCUCCGCACCACUCGGGCGGCCCGCUCUGACACCCCUAUUUCCGAUAUCGACACCUGGGUGAAAUCACUCCAGGAUGACGUCCAAUGCAACACAAAACUCAUUGAAACCCCUGCAGAAACCCCUACAUUAGACACCCGACUGGCCCACCUCUGGGAGGCCUAUCACAGCCUCCUAGAACGGUGGAAGAGGAAUAAGCUAAACAGGACACUUAAAAAGCGGCUGGCCGCGCUGCAAGCCCAAAUCCAACAACAUUCUGAGGAGCUCUGCCGGUCCAACUGGGGCCAGAUAUGCGACGGCAUUGCUGGGAACCUGUCCACCAAGCGGGCCUGGCAACUCCUCCGCCACCUUAUAGAUCCGACGCAGACAAAAACAGCAACACAACACCAUGUAACAAGACUCGUCCACGCACACAUGGACAACCCUGACAGCCUUGUAGAUACACUUCAAAAAACCUACACCUCCCCAGGCACACCGACUCGCUUACCUCCCUACACAGGGCAGCCCAACCCCACACUCGACACGGACAUAACGGAGACGGAAGUCAGAGCGGCCCUCCUCACUCUCCGUACCAGCUCCGCACCUGGCGCCGACCAGGAUGCCAUGCUACAACUUACGCACGACAUUUUCGACCCCCUUAUCCCGGGUCACACAAAGGCAGUCUUGGCUUUGGACCUCUCCAAAGCCUUUGAUCGCGUAGAACACCAUGCGAUCAUGACUGCCCUCUCGCCACUGAAUGUGGGUGCACCCCACCACAGAGGCAUGAAGGAGCGCGACCUAUGUCGCCUCAUCCAUGCCUUCGUCCUCAGCCGUGUGCUUUACACAACCCAACGACCCUACACAACUCGCCACCCCACGCCACAUCCACCGGGAGCUGCUUAUUAA